AGAAUAACCGGUCCAAACAGGCCAGCGAGGGUCUGAGGGGCCCCGGGACGGGCCCUUGGGGUGAGACGGGGUACGGGGGGCGGUCCGUGCACCAGGGGAGACGUGCUGGGCCAGGCCGCGCCGUGCGCCAGGCAGCGUGGGGCUGGGCCAGGCCCUGGCGCAGCUGCGGCGGUUCCCAGCCGGGUGGUGGCCCUGCAGCGCAAACACCACGUACCAGCCGGGCCGGGCGGCACUGCAGGGAGACGCUGCCCUGCCACCCAGCGCAGGAUGGUACCAGGUGCUGCCCACACCCACGGCCCUGACGCCCGAGUUCAGCCCACUGCGGGGUCUGGGCAGCGAAUCCAGACAGCGCACGGGCAGGGCCUGGUGCCCCUGACCCUGGAGUGCCUGCAGCCGGAUCGGGGCCUGGGUCUGGAUGCGGGGGGCCAGGGUCUCUGUGCCCCCCUGCACCCUCCCGCUGGGGCGUGUCCGAGACAAUAACGCAGCAAUGAUGUCACCGCACGACGCAAACAGGCCCCGGCCCUGGGUCAGCCUGACACGCACACGCGUGCACACGCGGGUGCCAGGAGCUGCAGGCAAACAGCCCCGCUCCCUAGUGCCCCUCACUGCUGCCCCCCCAAUCCCCCCCACAAGCCAGCCCUGAGCCCAGAUCCUGCCACCCCGCAGUGCCCAUCGCACCCCCUGCUCCCCACUAGCCCUCGCGCCCGGCCCGCAGCCCCCCGCGGUCCCGGAGCCGGGGGGCCUGGACCCGACGGCAGCCCUGCCGGCGCCCCCGACGCGGAGCGGCCGUGCCCGCGGCGCGUGCUGCGGGGGGCGCUGUGCGGCGCGGGGCCGCCGGGGGGCGCCGCUGGGCCGGUCCCGCCGCCCGGGCUCGGGCUCAGUCGCGCCGCAGCCGCCGCGGAGCCGGGAGCGCGAGCGGGUCCCGCUGCCGCCGCCGCCGCCGUCGGACGGGCCGGGCAUGGGCGGCGGGGCGCGGGCCAUGGAGCCGCGGCCGCCCAACGAGACGCUGCCGGAGUCGCUCUGCCGGCCCGGGAACCUGUCCGCCAACGGCACCGGCCUCGGCGCCGCCAACGCCAGCGCCUGCGACCCCUUCCGCCGCCCCCCGCGGCCGUCCCGAGAGCUGGAGGUGACGGUGCGGGUGCUGCUCUACGGGCUGAUCUUUGCGCUGAGCGUGCUGGGCAACGCGCUGGUGGUGGCGGUGCUGGCCCUGAACCGGCGCCUACGCACGGUCACCAACGCCUUCCUGCUGUCACUGGCGCUGAGUGACCUGCUGCUGGCGCUGUGCUGCAUGCCCUUCACCCUUAUCCCCAACCUCAUGGGCACCUUCGUCUUCGGCGACGUCGUCUGCAAGCUCAUGGCCUACCUCAUGGGCGUGUCCGUGAGCGUCUCCACCUUCAGCCUGGUGGCCAUCGCCCUGGAGCGCUACAGUGCCAUCUGCAACCCGCUGCAGUCGCGGGCCUGGCAGACACGCUCGCAUGCCGCCCGUGUCAUCGCCAGCACCUGGCUGCUCUCGGCCCUGCUCAUGCUGCCCUACGCCGUGUACAGCACCACGGUGCCGCUGGCCCGGCCCCCGCUCUAUCAGUGCAUCCACUCCUGGCCCAGCCAACACUUCAAUCAGGCCUGGUACCUGGUGCUGCUGCUGAUCCUGUUCUUCCUCCCCGGCGUGGUGAUGGCCGUGGCCUAUGGGCUCAUCUCGCGCGAACUCUACCGUGGCAUCCGCUUCGAGAUGGACGUGAAGAGGGAGGCUGGCGGUGGCCGGAGCGGCGGGGAGGCAGGCAGCGAGGAGGGCGACGGGUGCUACGUGCAGCUGAUGCGGGCGGGCGGUGCGCUGGAGCUGAGCAGUGCGGGGCCGGAGCGCGCGCGCAGCAGCCGGUCGGAGGCGCAGCUGGGGGCCAAGCGGCGUGUGAUCCGGAUGCUGGUGGUGAUCGUGGUGCUCUUCUUCCUGUGCUGGCUGCCCGUCUUCACCGCCAACACGUGGCGCGCCUUUGCCCCGACCGCCGCGCAGCGUGCCCUGGCCGGCGCCCCCAUCUCCUUCAUCCACCUGCUGUCCUACGCCUCGGCCUGCACCAACCCGCUCGUCUACUGCUUCAUGAACCGCCGCUUCCGCCAGGCCUUCCUGGCCACCUGCACCGGCACCUGUCCCUCCUCCCGCCGCGCCCGCCGGCCCCCCGCCGAUGACGAUGCCACCGCAACCGCCCCCUCCCUCUCCAAGGGCAGCUACACCACGGUCAGCAGCAUCGGGCCCCUCUGAGUGCACCCCCCCCGCCACUGCAGGAUGCCCCGGGUCCAGUCCAAAGAGCGUCGUGCCCCCCACCUGGGCCUGGCCUGGGGCUGGUGCUGGUGCCUUCUGCGCUGGCAUGGGGGUGGGGGGGCCGGGCCACGCUGGCUGAAGGGUUGUGGGCCCGGGGCCAGCCCCCCCCAGCCUGAGCUCCCAGGACCGGCCCUGCCCAGCUAGUGCCCUGGCAUCUUGCAUUAAUCUUGCCCCCCUCCCUGCCGCGCCGCCUCGUGAUGUGUCAUCCGCGCGCCUAUGCCGUCAGCAGAGCCCCCCACUCAAUAAAGCCUGGGACUUGG